CAUAUACAGAAGAGACUGGACUCAAUCCCUGGAUAAAGUCUGAAACUCCUGAAUCUCCACAAAUCGAAAAGACUGAUAAUCACCUUUCACAGGAUUAUGUUUUUAAAUAUACCAAUUCAGAAGCUAAAUGUCCGAUAUGCGAUGAAGUACACACACAUUUAGGUAUGUGGGGUAACUGGAGCUGUCUAGGUACAAAUGAUCACUAUUUUCUUAAUUGCCCUUUUCGUAUCGAUCAAAAGAAAGUCAUAAUUGCCAUACAGAGUUCACCGGAAACUCAAUUACCAAUUUCUGGGACUAAUUCAAAUAAAAUUUAUCAACCAGAGGCUAGUUUACACCAAUAUGCCAUUGAACAUGGAAUGGAUCCCGAGAAAUUUUCAGUCAUUACUGAGGCUGAGAAAAAAAGAUGGACCAUGGGAUGCUUCCGUGCUGACUUGAAGAGAGAUAUAUGCCUUUAUUGUGGAGGAAUAAAAAGGAAUGAAGAUACCAGAAAAUAUCACAAAUUUUUAACAGAUCGGGAAAGGCUGAUUGGCGAAGAAUUAUUACAUCGUGGUAUACUAAAGAGUGGUUUAAGUACCGCAUGGCUCAAUGAUCUCAUGAAAGAAUGGGAAAAAAUCCAUAUUCAAUUCAUACAAAUUUUUAGCGAAACUGAGGUAAAUUCAUCUAAUAAUAUAAAACCUGAAAUUUGUAUAUAUUAG